AUGAUUUAUAAGAGAGACAUAGUCACUCUGACAGAUGCGCUGACAAGCAGCCCAGUGUACCAGGCGCUACAGGAGUUCCACUCAGGAAUGCAGGUGUCAUACAGAGCGUGUCACUGCCCUGAACGCCCUCUGUGCNGGCCCAGCCCGGAGGAGCCCCGGAACCAGGCUCGAAGGGGGCGGUCCUCGGGAAAGCCCAGCCUUGCUUGUCCGCGCGGAGCCUCGGUCUCCGUCCAGACGCCGGAUGUGCGCGUCUCCGGCCCAUGGAACGGGUACCUGCUGUACGACGUCAACCCCCCCGAGGGCUUCAACCUCCGCAGGGACGUCUACAUCCGCAUCGCCUCCCUCCUGAAGACGCUGCUGAAGGCUGAGGAGUGGGUGCUGGUGCUGCCCCCGUGGGGCCGCCUCUACCACUGGCAGAGCCCGGACAUUCACCAGGUCCGGAUCCCCUGGUCCGACUUUUUCGAUCUUCCAAGUCUCAAUAGAAACAUCCCAGUCAUUGAGUACGAGCAGUUCAUUGCAGAGUCCGGCGGGCCCUUCAUCGACCAGGUUUAUGUCCUGCAAGGUUACGCGGAAGGGUGGAAAGAGGGCAGCUGGGAGGAGAAGGUUGAUGACCGGCCCUGCAUCGACCCGCCGCUGUACUCCCAGGACAAGCAUGAGUACUACAGAGGAUGGUUUUGGGGUUACGAAGAAACGCGGGGUCUGAACGUCUCCUGUCUGUCUGUCCAGGGCUCGGCUUCUGUCAUCGCGCCUGUGCUGCUCAGGAACACGUCGGCUCGGUCGGUGAUGUUAGACAGAGCCGAGAACCUCCUCCAUGACCACUACGGGGGAAAGGAGUACUGGGACACUCGGAGGAGCAUGGUGUUUGCCAAGCAGCUGCGGGCCGUGGGCGACGAGUUCAGAAGCAAAUACCUUAAUUCCACCGACGAGGCCGACAGGAUCCCCUUCCAGGAGGACUGGACCAAGAUGAAGGUCCAGCUGGGCUCCUCGCUGGGGGGCCCGUACCUCGGUGUCCACUUGAGAAGGAAGGAUUUCGUCUGGGGACACCGGGAGGACGUGCCCAGCCUGGGCGGAGCUGUGAAGAAGAUCCGCAGCCUCAUGGAGACCCACGGGCUGGACAAGGUGUUCGUGGCCACGGACGCCGUCAGGACGGAGUAUGAGGAGCUCAAGAGGCUGUUACCCGAGAUGGUGAGGUUUGAGCCCACGUGGGAAGAGCUGGAACUCUACAAAGACGGCGGUGUGGCCAUCAUCGAUCAGUGGGUCUGCUCCCACGCCAGGUUCUUCAUCGGCACCUCCGUGUCCACAUUUUCUUUCCGGAUUCACGAGGAGAGGGAGAUCCUGGGCCUGGACCCCAGGACGACGUACAACCGGUUUUGUGGGGACCAGGAGACAGUGUGCGAGCAGCCCACGCACUGGAGGAUCGCGUACUGAGCGGGCCCGUGGGCCCCACGCCGGCACCCGUUUUACAUGCGGUUGACUUGAUAACGUGUCACCAUGGGGUCGCUCCUGCUCCCAGCCAGCGGCUGGGCAGCCAGACUGUCAACUUCUCGGGCGUCGGGCCCAGAGGCCACACGUGGGCACAGCCCACAGCCACCUCCGUGUCUCCGCCGGCCACCUGUGAAGAGGCUGCUACUUCCUGGGGACCCUGCUCACGUCUUCUGUCAGGAUAUGACACUGAUGUGACACCGCGUGUCAGCCGCCAGCAGGGCCUGCGGCGUGUUCCCCCCAUGCGUUGAGGGCAGGUGUGGCCCGUGAGUGGCUCCCAUCCAGAGGCCACGCGGAGCUGGCCGUGCCUUUGGACUUGGUGUGAUUGGAGUCUCUGGCUCAGCCAUUGUGACUCCAUGGUGGCCUCUGUCCUGGGACCUAUGUGAGUCGGAGGGCAGGGGGACUGUGGUCUCGCAGAGCUGGGUCUGAGGCCUUCAGGGCCUGUGAAGCCAUCCUCUGUCUGCUCCCGGGUCUGAGUGCCAGAAAAUCCCACGGCAGGCCUUCAGUGAUGUGUCCUGUUCACGUGGAAACCUCCGCAGCCGCGGGAAGCUGGCAGUCUGUCCUCACACCUGCGUCCGGCUGGCUUCCUCUGUGUGUGUGAUCGUCGCUGAGUGCUUGUCUGAGGAGCUCCCGCCUGCUCCCUCGUGGCAGGGGUGUCCUCGGCCCUGCGUCUCCAGGAACUCUCUCCUAGGCCUUCAGCACUGCUGCCACCAAGCAGCCACCAGGGCCACCUGUCAGCUGUGCAGCGCAGCCACGGGGCCUCCGUCUCCUCUGAUGGGAACCCUGACUUUUCAGGGACAUGUGGUGUCUAGCUGCAGACGGUAGCACGGACACAGGAGCCCCUUGGCUGUGCCUGGUCGCCCGGCCGUGGGGCCGCGCCCCAAAGCCUGGGCCCUUCACAUCGUCCCCCCAAGCUUGCAGACUCGACGUGAACACGCUGGUGUCCUGUGCUGUCCGUUGUGCAGAGUGAAGUGACGAGAUAUUUAUUCUGUUCCAUUUGUACGCUCAGAUAGUAUUAAAGUGAAUUUUCUAGAAAGCAGGAUCCUA